AUGGAGGCGGUGGUGAUCUUCCUGUGCUCCCUGCUCAUGCCAGUGGCCGUGGCAAAUGUCACCACCCAUGAGAAGGAGGAGGACGACCCCUUUAACUAUGAUUACCAGAGCCUGAGGAUCGGCGGGCUGGUGUUUGCCGUGGUCCUGUUCACUGUUGGCAUUCUCCUCAUACUCAGCAGGAGGUGCAGGUGCAGCUUCAACCAGAAGCCCAGAGCUCCAGGGGACGAGGAGGCUCAGGCUGAGAACCUCAUCACCUCAAACG